UAUAGCGGCAUCCAAAAUACACCUAUCAUCGGACAUUACCGACACAGCACACAUUAAUCAGUAGGAAGUGAAAAUGAGAGUAGGUAUGCGAUUGGGUAUUAAAAUUCAUCAUCAGAGAACUCCGCCACCAGUCCUUCGAUGGAAUAUAUCCGAUUUACUCAUGAAAGAAGAAGCAGAAGCAUGGAGUAAACUUUUCUUGUUCACAACAACAGGUAUCACCGGUUGAAAAUUACCCAGACUAUAAUUAUGCAAUUCUUCGAUUUUCUUGCGGCUGCCGCUACUGCCGUGGCCAUUAUGUCGAACACAGCCGUGGCCGGUCCUGUAAACCUACAAGAAGUUCGGUCCAACGACCAGCAGCUGCAUCCGUAUCGCUGUAAAUUCGAGGUUCUUCACAUCUGGUACACUGAGCCUUUUCUGUCUUCUUUCAUAGACCCUGGACAACGUGCAGAGAUUACCAUCGAAGCACGUGCUCGCAAAACCGAUUUUGCGAUUGACAUUGAUGGUGAAUGCAAGGGAACAAAGGUCAAGGGGGCGGGCAGAAUCCCUGAGAACUGGUUCAUAAGGUUAUCAAGGGAAGGUUCCAAGGAAGUUCAGUUCAUUAACGACAAGCCCAAGAAUAAUCGAGUCAGUGGUGGCUCUUAGUUAUAAUCUGCAAUAAAACUAUCAUUGGGG